AAACAUCGUACGUCUAUGCUCUUCAAUGUUCUGCGACGUUUCGCCUAAACGCGCGCGUUGUGCAUUAAACAUUUGUCCUCGAUAUGAAUUGAUUUAUUUCGUAUAUUCCGCUGUAAAUGCAAGAUUUUGCGUUCGUAGGGAUGAGGUUACGUCCUUGUAAUAACCUGUUCUAAAUUUCUAUUGUUACAUCGACGAGGUUUGAAUCGGAGAAUUUAUGCCAACUGUGCAAGCGUGCUUUUGCAACAAACAUAUUGCAAAAUGGAAAUGGAACAAAAUGUUGCCCAAGCUUUAUUGACGCAAGGUGCCACGUUGGUUCUACUCGACAUACCAGCGGGCACCGACGUCGGAAUUGAUAUUAAAUCCUGGAAUGUAGGAAGGAAUUUUAAGGGAAUCAAGAUGAUCCCACCUGGUAUUCACUUUAUACAUUACAGUGCAGUGGACGAAUUAGGUGAAUUGGCACCUAGAAUUGGUUUCUUCCAUGAUUUUAAGAAAGGUGAAUUCUUGGUAAAAAGAUGGGACAACAAGGAGGAAGAUAUCAGUUCAGAAUCUGUACCUGAGGAGACAGUUCAAAGCUUGAAGGAUAAUUUAAAAGAGUUGGAUAGAUACUUAGGACCAUAUCCAUAUGAGAUAUCGAAACCAUGGGCGAAAUUAACAAAUGGCAUCACAGCAUCUCUUAUAGCAAGAUGUUCACCGUUAUGUGGUUUUGUGCGAUCUGCUUUGGAACUGGAGCAUUGCAGCGACGCUGCGAGACCUCGUGGCAAAGAAUCUGAGAAAGAAGACAGAAAACAGAGGAGAUCCGGUAGGCUCACGGCAGAGGACAAGGAGGAAGAAUUAUUACCGAAUCUGAAACCGAAACCUGGCACAGAACUUAGGCUCACAGAAAUACCGGACAAGCAUUAUCCUGACAAUGCGACUCCAAGCGAGAUAACGCGACAUUCUCUUGAUUCCAGUUACGUCUUGGACACAACCUUGAAAAAACUGCGAGAACCAGGCGAGAUUAUCGGAGAGAUGCAACUGACGUUUGUCUGCUUCCUAGUUGGUCAGAGCUUGGACGCUUUUGAGCAAUGGAAAAAAUUCGUAUCAUUGAUCUGUGGUGCGGAUAACGCUAUUCCACAGUACCGUUCUAUCUAUAUAGAGUUUCUGCAGGCACUGGAAGUAGAAUUAUCGUAUGUGCCAGAAGAAGUACUCUGCGAUAUUGUGGCGAGCAAUAAUUUCGUGUAUCGCAGUCUCUACAAGUUGUUUGGUAAUAUCGAAUCGAAUCCCGAGGUGGACGGUCGAUUGAAAUCGUAUGCGAAGCGUUUGCGGGACCGAUUGACUGCGAAAUUUCAAUGGGAUUUUUCGAAUUUACUUGAGGAAGCGGACGACGAAGCACCUGUUAUUGUAACUCUUGCAUAAAUAGUUAUGUAGUAUGAGAAAAUAUACAUUAUCUUUACGUUUAAUUUAUAAAAAUAAAAAAUGAAUCGUAGUUUCAAACUUCUCAUAAAUCUCUAUCUGUAAUUCUUAAGUGUUAAUAUAAUGUUUAAUUUUUUUUAUUA